AUGGUGCAAUGUCACUACAACAUGUCUUUGACCUCAGAUGACGGUGGCGAUGCCUGUGGACUGGCAAAGUCUCGAUCCAGGCGGGAGAAGAGGGAGAAAGUGGGGAGAAAGUCUGCGCUGGAGCAGCUCAAGAAAGCCAAGAGGGGUGAAAAGGUCAAGUAUGAGGUGGAGGAGUUUACCAGUGUGUAUGAGGAGGUGGAUGAAGAGCAAUAUUCUAAGAUGGUACGAGAAAGACAAGAGGAUGACUGGAUUAUUGAUGAUGAUGGUACAGGAUACGUGGAGGAUGGCAGAGAAAUCUUUGACGAUGACUUGGAUGAUGAUGUUGUGGAAAGCAAAGGAAAACGAGGCGCUAAAGGAGAAGGAUCAAAGAAAAAUGUGAAAAAAUCUGUUGUAUCCAAACCCAACACCAUCAAGAGCCUUUUCAUGAACAGUAAUGUAAAGAGGCCUAUGGAGAAAGAUGUUGACCUGUCCAAAGAUGACCUUCUAGGAGAUAUCUUACAGGACCUCCACUCUGAGAAGGCGUCUCUUCUGACUCCUCCUCCAGUAGUCACUCUAAAGAAAAAGAAGUCUGUUGGUUCGCCCAUGAAUCCCUUUUCCAUCAAACCUCAGAUCCGGAAGGAGACGCCAUCUGCGGUGUCGUCAAAGGCCGGCGUCAGAGCACUUCCCGCUGACCCCGUUUCCAGGCCGUCAGCCCACCCCCUUCCCUCCACCUCUGCCUCCCCUCAGAAAAAGCAAAGGGCAGAUGUGGAGGAGAUAAAGGAAGAGGAAGAGACUGACUCCCUGGCGUUUGAUGGGGUAGACUUUGAUGAGCCGAUGGAGGUUGGGAUGGAGGAGGAACAGAAUGGUGCAGUUAAUGAUGACGCUGAUCCAGAACCUAAAGCAGCAUUGACAGUGGCUGAAGUCAAAGUGGAGCCCAAAGCUGAGCCAUGUGGUCCACUUCUUAUUGGAGUUGGAGGCUCCUGGGGACAGGAUGAGGAGGACAAAGUCAGUGAAUCUCCUGCGGAGGUGCAGGUGGACUCCAGCCAGCUCCCGCUGGUGGAGGGGGCAGAGGGGGAGCAGGUCUUCCGCUUCUAUUGGUUGGAUGCUUUUGAAGACCCAUACAACCAACCGGGUGUGGUGUACCUGUUUGGGAAAGUGUGGAUCGAGUCAGCCAAGUCUCAUGUCAGCUGCUGCGUUACUGUGAAAAACAUUGAGCGGACAAUGUACCUUCUACCUCGAGAAUUUAAAGUGAACCCCAAGUCUGGGGAGGUGUCUGACACACCUGUUGGGAUAAUGGACAUUUACCAGGAGUUCAGCGAGCUCUCUGAGAGGUUUAAGAUCAUGAAGUUCAAGUCCAAGAAAGUGGAGAAGAACUAUGCCUUUGAAAUUCCUGAUGUGCCUACCCAGUCUGAGUACCUGGAAGUUAGAUACUCUGCCGAGUUCCCCGCCCUGCCAUCAGAUCUUAAGGGGGCAACUUUUUCCCAUGUUUUUGGAACAAACACCUCUCGUCUGGAGCAUUUCCUCCUCAGUAGGAACAUCAAAGGCCCUUGCUGGUUGGAUAUAAAGACACCACAGCUGAUGAGCCAUCCAGUCAGCUGGUGUAAAGUGGAGGCUCUCGCUGUGAGGAGUGAUCUGGUCAGCGUGAUCAAAGACCUGCCACCACCGCCUCUCACGGUCAUGUCCAUCAGCCUCAAGACGGUUCAGAACCCUAAAACCCACCAAAACGAGAUUGUCUCCUUAGCCGCUCUUAUUCACUAUCGCUUCCACAUGGACAAAGCUCCCCCUCAACCUCCAUAUCAGACUCACUUCUGUGUGAUCAGUAAACCAGGCGACUGCAUCUUUCCGUACGACUUCAAAGAAGCUGUGAGAAAGAAGAAUGGGAAGGUGGAGAUAGCUGCUACAGAGCGGACUCUGCUGGGCUUCUUCCUGGCCAAGAUGCACAAGAUCGACCCAGACGUGCUGGUGGGCCAUGACAUCUUCGGGUUCGAUUUGGAAGUUAUUCUGCAGAGAAUCAACGUUUGCAAAGUUCCCCACUGGUCUAAAAUGGGACGCCUCAGGAGGGCCAAUAUGCCCAAAUUAGGGGGUCGCGGCUCCUUUGCAGAGAAGAGUGCCACCUGCGGCCGACUGGUGUGCGACGUGGAGAUCUCGGCCAAAGAGCUGAUUCGCUGCAAAAGUUAUCACCUGACGGAGCUCGCUGCACAGGUGCUGAAGACGGAAAGAGUCACAGUCCCUCAUGAAGACGUCAAAAAUCUCUACAGUGACUCCCCCCACCUGCUGUACCUUUUGGAGUUGACAUGGACUGAUGCCAAGCUGAUCCUCCAGAUCAUGUGUGAGCUCAACGUGCUGCCGCUCGCCCUGCAGAUCACCAACAUCGCUGGCAAUGUCAUGUCUCGCACUCUGAUGGGGGGGCGCGCCGAGAGGAACGAGUUCCUGCUGCUUCAUGCCUUCCAUGACAAGAACUACAUUGUCCCCGACAAACCAUCUUUCAAAAAGACCCAACUGGAAAUGGUUGAAGGAGAGGACGAUGUGGAUGCAGGAAAAGGAAAGAGGAGGAAGAAGGCAGCCUACGCUGGAGGUCUGGUUCUGGAUCCUAAAGUCGGUUUCUACGAUAAGUUUGUGCUGCUGCUGGACUUCAACAGUUUGUAUCCCUCAAUCAUCCAAGAGUUCAACAUUUGCUUCACCACUGUGCAGCGGGAGGCCCAGAACUCGCAGAAGAGGAGGGAUGAGGACGAGGCAGAGGAGAUCCCAGAGAUUCCAGAUCCCGACUUGGAAAUGGGAAUCCUGCCCAAAGAAAUCAGAAAGCUGGUGGAGCGUCGAAAGCAGGUCAAACAGCUGAUGAAACAGCAGGACAUCAAUCCCGAUCUCUACAUGCAGUAUGACAUUCGUCAGAAGGCCUUGAAGCUGACUGCUAACAGUAUGUACGGCUGUCUGGGGUUCAGUUACAGCCGCUUCUACGCAAAGCCACUGGCUGCUCUGGUCACACACAAGGGUAGAGAGGUGAGUCAACGUGCGCGCCCAGUGAACCAGGAGAGGCAGCAGGAUGAGCAGAACGAGCCACUUUUCCUGAAUUUACAUGGCCCUAAAGAGCUCAUCUUCGAGGUGAUCGGGCGGCACGCAAAAAGCGAAGGAUGGCCGCGGGCUUGUGUGACAGGGCCCGGGGCGCGCGGGGGCUCCGGAUCAUUCCGCCCCACUCAAGAACGACAAACCGUUUCUCAGAAUCGGUCACAAGAAUACCUCCAGCGCGCUAUCCGGUCUCAUAUGCUGCCGCCGUCUGUCCGGCUCCGCGGCUAA